AUGGAGGAGAUCACGCAGGGCACCACUCCAUUCAAAAGCUCGUGGACGGAGUUCCGCACCCAGUUCAAGGCCCGUUUCGAGACAGUCAACGAGGCGGUCGACGCGAAGGAACGCCUCCGCACGUUGUGGCAAGGCUCCAUAACUGUCCCGGAGUACGCCGCACAGUUCAACGAGCUCUCCACCCACACGGGCUACUCCAAGGCCGACCUCCGAGACCGCUUCUACGAACACCUGGCAGACUCCAUCAAGGAUGAGUUGGUGCACACGGCGAGGCCCAUCGCUUCUCUAGAGGACCUCAUCACCGUCUCCUCCGACAUCGAUGUCCGUGUCUGCCAGCGUCGUGCCAAACGGGAUCGUCAGCGUGGACGUACCGCCACCACCACAGUGACCAAGCCGGCAGUUCCACUGCACACCACCCCCUUCACGCCGCCUACUAGAGACCCGAACGCAAUGGACAUCGACGCCACCCGCACGCGCGAAGAGUUCAACCGCCUCAUGCGUGGCAAGUGCUACGGUUGCGGCUCUACGGCGCACGUCAAGAAGGACGGCGGCCACGAUCGGGACAUCUGUGGCUACUGUCGCCGCGUGGGGCACCGCAAGACGGUAUGCAUGGACAAGUUCCUGAAGAAGCCCCGCUCGCAGAAGCUUGCUGCAACAGAGGAGGGACCCGAGGAGCCUCAGGUCGCAGCGUCGACGUCGACGUCCGCAGAUGCUGGAGCGACCAACGCUCUCAUCGCGCAGCUCAUGGAGCAGCAGAAGGCCCUCGCUGAUCAGCUCGCCUCUCUGCAGAAGUCUUUUUAG